AUGGACCUACGUGAUCCCCUUGGAGUGUACCAUUCCGCCUUCAUGCUUCAACUCUUCGGAAAGGCGCACCUUGCCUCCAUCGGUGGCCACGCCAACAUCCCCGCACUAAAGACUCACACCUUAGCAACAAGUGGAAUGGUAGGCGCCUUCUCACUUUGUGCCGCAGCUCUCGAGCGCGCUGUUGAAAUGAUCGCCGUGGGUGAUAUCAAGGCCGAGGAUAUUUUAGCUGCAACUUCAUCCACCAAGAUCAGUGUUAAGCUGCCGAAAGUCCUCAACAAGGCCACUGGAAAGGAGACCAGCAUCCCCUUUCUGUUCUCGCGCGAUAGGUGUGCCAAGAAGACGAAGAACUACGCCAGGUCCAUCAAGAAGAAGGGAGCGGCCUUCGUAACAUCUUUGACGGAGAUCGCACGUUCAGCAUGGAAGGAAAAUGUCUGGCCCGCGGACUCAACUGUCACAGAUGACGAGUCUGAUGACGAACGUGCCUUGCUGUGUAUCUAUAAUUUGACGGCACCACGUCCACGCGCUGCUACUCCUGCUGGUAACCAUUUUACUAUACUCCUUUUCUCUGCUCUGAACCCCGUCCAGAUUUCGCCUCGAGCGUCUUCAAGGCCGUCUUCGUCACUCUCGUGCACUGCUUCAAGUUUGCUCUUUGCUGUCAUCAUUUGUGUCUUGCCACUCGUUUUUUAG